CAUCCUGGCCAGCCUUGCGAAAGUGCCCUUUUGCUUGUUUUGAACCCGCCUCGUUUUCAUCUCCAACCUGGGCUGGUUUUUCCAGUCUCCCUGGGCGGAUAUGCGCUCUGGAAGGACCCGGAACCUUCGGUGGCCGAGCCGCCAUCUUUCCCGAUGCCACUGGACAUGACCAUCCGCAACUCGGUCUACACGGCGGCUCAGCCCCAUGGCGCGGCCCACGUGUCCGGUGGGGCAUGCCAGGAAAACGAGUCUGACUUCACGCACUCCAAAAUCAAGGUGAGCCCGGCUGACGGUCCCCUUGAGCAGUUUUUAUGCCCCUUUUGCCAAAAGGCCUUCUCCUACCAACGGAUGCUCAACCGCCACCUCAAAUGCCACAGCGAGAUCAAACGGCACCUCUGUCCCUACUGCAACAAAGGGUUUAACGACACCUUUGACCUCAAGCGACACGUCCGGACGCACACAG